AUGACGAAGUGAUGUGCCACGACUCCACAACCAUGACGGACAGCUCUGCCACCCGAUGAGCACAGGCUGCCCAGUCACAUGUGCAGCAGGUGAACAGGUGUGCCAUGUUCCAGCGACGUGCGAUACUUGCAGUGGCUACAGUUACUGCUCGUCCUACAGCUGCCCCGUCUAUUGCAGCAAUGACGAAGUGAUGUGCCACGACGCCACAACAAUGACAGACAGCUGCCACCCAAAGAGCGCAGGCUGCCCAAUCACAUGUUCUACGGGGGAGCAUGUGUGCACUACGCCACCAUCUUGCGAGACUUGUGAUGGCUACAACUGGUGCUCUUCACACCCUUGCCCAGUAUACUGCGCCGCCCACGAAGUAAUGUGCCAUGACCCCAUGACCAUGACGGACAGCUGCCACAACAAAACUGCAGGCUGCCCAGUCACAUGUCCUGCCGGGGAUCAUGUGUGCCAUAGCCCGCCUCCCUGCGAGAAUUGUGAUGGCUACAACUGGUGCUCUUCAUACGCUUGCCCGGUGUACUGUGCAGCCGACGAAGUUGAUGUGCCAUGACCCCAUGACCAUGACCGACAGCUGCCACCCGAUGAGCACAGGCUGCCCAGUCACAUGUGCAGCAGGUGAACAGGUGUGCCAUGUUCCAGCAACGUGCGAUACUUGCAGCGGCUACAGCUACUGCUCGUCCUACAGCUGCCCCGUCUAUUGCAGCAAUGACGAAGUGAUGUGCCACGACUCCACAACCAUGACGGACAGCUGCCACCCAAAGAGCGCAGGCUGCCCAGUCACAUGUCCGGCAGGGGACCAUGUGUGCCACUCGCCACCAUCUUGCGAGACUUGUGAUGGCUACAACUGGUGCGCUUCAUACCCUUGCCCGGUAUACUGUGCAGCCGACGAAAUAGUGUGCCAUGACCCCAUGACCAUGACGGACACCUGCCACCCAAUGAGCAGUGGCUGUCCAGUGUGAGCGCGUUCGCGUGUUGCGCUGAAGUACGUAUCCAUAUCCGGAGUGCCAUGGCCAGAAGUAGUCCAUGUGCACCCUUAUACUCUUGAGCGCUAGGUUUGAACUUUUGACAGCGAGGUUCCCACACGCGAACUUUAGCUAAGUCUCUGCCAUUACCACUGGCUUCACAAUUGAUCACAGACACACUCGAUAUUUGGUGUACGUGGUCAUGGCAGUGUUGCAUGCUAGCGUUGACCACAAGGAGGAGUCAGCUAAGUUGGGGUAACCGACAUCAGCGACCUUCCGGGGAGCUUCUCCGCUUCAGCGUUCGAAGUGUGGAUCUGCUUUUGCUAUGAGAAAAGGAGGUUGUGUUCAAACAAGGGCAACGUCAGAAACAAAGGUCAUUUCCCUUGAGUCGACCAAUUGCUCAGAACAACAGUCAGUGGUGAUGACAGCCGUUGUGAUCACCAACCCCUUUUUCUAUGUUGGACAGUUUUUCCCCUUUAAAAGAGUUGGCAAAAGGGGGCUAUCCUUGCCACUUUCUUCCUCGAUCAACGCGUGCACGCGCCGAAAGCCCGCGUGAACCUUUCGCCGGGCAAUCGAUUUAACUUGCUCGCCGCGUGCGCCCAACAUCCCGUUGCCUAGCGAAUCCAUUGCACUGGGUGUUGCUAGAUGUGCUGGACACCAGCACAGAGCCAUCUCAAAGCAAAGACAAGAUGGAUCCGGCGAAGGGACUCGACCGCCGACUCAACCAAAUUGUUGCCAGGAGCUAAGGCAACCGGAGAGCGUGAAAAUGCCAAGGAUGGGCACCUGCCGUGUGCCGUGCUCCGCCAGCUUUCGAUUUAACUUUCUCUCGCGGUGUGCCACCAUUGCCGAGCGGAUCCGCUGCCACUGGGCGAUAGAUCAGCAAACUGACUCAACCGCUUGCUGCGAGCUGCAAUUUGCUGCUUGCCAAUGAGCAAGCGACCUGAGAGCUGAGGC